AUGGCGGCGAGCCAGCCGCACCAGGGCAGGAGCGUGAUGCUCACCCGAUUCAAGCUGUCACAGCAGAGGCGGCAGCUACGCGAAAAGGAGCGCAGGCCGACCGCGCAUUCGCCCAAAGCGGCUGACGAGAGGAAGACCAAAGCGACUGUUUCGCCCGCCAAGGUCAAGAAGGAGCGACCGCACCAGACCCAGGAGGUCCAGAAUAUGAAGGGGAGGAGUCCUUCGCAGGUCCUUCUGAAGCAGAGACACGAGAUGAAAGUCAUGGGGGGGAGUGGCGGCAAAAGGAAGCUGGGUAUGCCGCAGAAGGGAUCAAAAUCUCCGCCGGCAAAGCGGGCGAGGCCUCGCCACACUUUGAAAUCCGGUCCCACCGCGCUGGGCAACAGAUCUCGAAGCCCUGUGUACUCCGAGCUGGGCUUCGAAGAGGUGAUCCGGAUGGUUGACGAGAACCAGAGCUUGGAUGAUGACGAUCUCCUGGAGAUACUGACCUGCCCCAGCCCGGUGUGGUGGGAGGACCCACCCGACGGCGACUACAUGGAGAGUCCGAUAAUUUUAAAAUCAAGAAAUAUCAGCCCGUUGCCGACGCCCGCGACAAAAUUAAAGAUUAAAUCCGCCAGGAAGACGAAACCCCACAAAAUAAUACUGGAGUCGGUCGACACCGCGGAAAUUAAAAAACAAAUACAAGACAACAAACUAAACACAGAUACCCUAAUGGAUAUCGCAACAUUUAACGUUAACAGUGCCAAUGACAAAUUUAAAAAUAAACGCAGCAAACUGGAGAGUUUGUUGGGCACCAUUAAAAGUAAAUUGAAUGAAUGCAAAAGUCGAUACAAUAGCAUCAAUACUAAAGAAGAACAAUCGAUCAAAGAGAGGUGCACAGAUAAUGCAGACAUUCCAAAACGCAAAAAUUCAACAGAUCAUAAAAAUAUAUCCGAUACAUAUACACAAGUGGAGGCGGAAAACGUGGACGAUAUUUGUUUCGCCGCAAUUACCGAACAAGACAAGGAAUGCCUGGAACAUUUGGAGAAUAUUGAAAUACCGAUGGAGAGGAAGAGAGAUAUAGACGUACAGCGAAUCGACGGAAAUCCAAAACCGCUCGUUGCCUCGACGAAGGGCGUCAUUAAUCCCAUCGAGCAUUUGAAAGUGUUCAAAAAGUCGAAAACCUUUCCUAGGUACGUGACAAACAAGAGGGUAAAGAUUCUCAACUUCAAAAAAUUGCCCAUGAACCUCCUAACACAAAAGAAAUCGUCUUUCAGAGAGAAAAGAAAAUCUACGGAGAGCUCGCAAACCGCAAAAGGGGAGGAACAAGUCGAUGUUGUCGAGCAAAACAAUAUUAAAACUGAAACAAAUCAAACGUUACUCAAUGAAGAAGCGGUUAGGGAUUGUGGCCUCGAAAAUGUCGUUCAAAACGCGUCAUGCGUCGAGAAAAGCCCUAUUGAAACCAAACCUACUGAUGAGGUUUCUAAACUGAACGACAAAAUCGACGAGCCGAAAGUACCAUCAGAAGAAACUAGAAAUUUUGCAAAAACCGACGACUACAUAACAGUCUUCAAAAUUGUCUCUAACUCAACUGACACCAAAGAGGUCAAAUCCGGCCACCUGAUCGAGGUGGAAAUCGAAGAAGAUACUAAAAAGGAACCGGCAUAUGAAAAAGAAAUUCCUGAGAAGGAAACCAAUACUCUCGACUCUUACUACAAGAAGUGCAAAAGCUUCAAGCGGGAACCGAACAGAACCGGCGGGUUUCAAGAAGAACUAGAAGAGAGGGACACGAAGAAGGAAGAAGACGGAACGGAGGCAAAAGAGUUGUGCGACAGCUGCAACAAUGACUCGAAGAUGUCCAUAAUAGUCCCGAGCACUGCGGACGUGAAGUACUGUAUGAAGUGCUCGUCGAUUUUCGACCUGGACGAAUGCGACUAUUGCAUCAGGAAAGAGAGAAGAACGGAGAGUCCUGGGAAGAUCUCU